AUGCAGCGUCCUCUCUGGAUUUUCCAAAUCCUUCUAUUCGUUGUCCUGGCAAAUGAGGCAAGGUCGGCCAAGACGCAUUAUCAUCGCUAUAUGCUGGCCAGUUACAGGUCGCAGCACAAUCCAAAGACCCAGAUGGACUACAAACGACGACGGACGGGGACGGGAAUGCAAAACAAUCAGGUGGCUCAGGAGGAAGAGCCGGUUCAGGGGGAACAGUCGGAACAAUCGGAGCAGCCGGCUCAGGAUGUCCCAAAACCGAGACUCCGGUACGGCACAUCCCAGGAACCCGUGGUUUUGAUGACCAAAUCUCAGAAGAAAGUGCCGCUGCAUGAGUUGAUGGUUCGCAUCUAUCAGCAUAACGAGUACAUCUGCAUGGGAACGGUGAUAUCCGAGAAGCUCGUGGUUACCACCUCCACCUGUUUUGAGGAUGCGUCAAACGAUGUGGUAACCAUGAAGAUGUACAACAACGAAGCGCUCGACGGGCACAGGAUUCCCCUGAACCAGACAUUCCUGAAGGGCGCAGACCCUUUGCUGGUCGCAAUUGAGCUUUCCAAUCCACCGAAAAAUUCCAGUGUCAUUGACGACACUGUUAAGCUUUGCAGCACCGAGCUGGAAAAUUACGAGCCCAUUGAGCUGCCACUUUGGAUAAGGAGUCGCCACAACAUUCACUCGCAGAGAUCGUUUGUCCUGCCGCUCCAGGAGUGCCUGCAUCGGAUGAAGGAUCCCGGAGCUCAUGUGGCCACCAGAACCAUGAUCUGCGCGAAGAAUAUGAAGUUUACGAGCCAAUGCCAACUGGCCAUCGGGAAUCCCCUGAUCCACGCUGAAAUGAUCUGUGGCAUCAACGUGGCGGGCCACAACUGUCCCGCUUUCACGGGAGUCGACUUGUACAUUCGAAUCUACGAUGCUCUGGAUUUCUCCAUACGUGGCAUGGAGCUCAUAAAAAACUCCCGAAUAGAAGAUACAAUUUUGUAAUGGGUUGUAAAAUGUUUUUAUUAAAAUUACUUAUUUGCUAAACACUUUUAAUUCAGUUUUGUAACGUUCUAAAAUAUACUCUUCCAAAUCUGCUAAGAUCUUUAAGUAAAUACCAUAACAAUUGAUUAUAAAAACCCAUUACAAAUCUGGAAAUAAAAAGGGAAGUUAAGUAGAGGUAGUUAGUCUUGAGAAGUCAGUUUGAAACGAAGCCAUGUUGAAAAAGGGAAUAUUUUUGCUAUUGGCUUUGCUGUACAUAACCAAAGACCAAAUUCGAAUCAACGAUUCUGGUCCUGGUCCAAAACACCAUAGGUUGAGGUAUAUGUUGGAUGACUGGAGUCCACAUUUCGGUUAUAGGCCAAGUCACUACGCCAGUAGUCAUGGUUGAAUCCAGGAUCUGGUGUUUUCUUUCAAAUGACUUUUUGAGAGCUCAAGCCAUUUUACACUUCUAAAAUGUACUCUUCCAGAUUUACGAUAAAACAAAUGUAAAUACCGUAAAUAAUUAAUGCAAAAUAAACCCAUUAGCAAUCAAA